AGCGGUGCUGGUGGCGACGGUCUCGGUCCCGUGGCUUCUUCUUUGCCAUCGCCUGGAGCGCGUCACUGAACCAUCCACCAUGUCGAUGGGGCUGGAGAUUGGCGGCGUGGCCUUGUCUGUGCUGGGUUGGUUGUGCAGCAUCAUCUGCUGUGCGUUGCCCAUGUGGAAGGUGUCGGCCUUCAUCGGCAACAACAUCGUGACGGCCCAGAUCCUGUGGGAAGGGCUGUGGAUGAGCUGCGUGGUGCAGAGCACGGGGCAGAUGCAGUGCAAGGUCUACGACUCCAUGUUGGCGCUGCCGCAGGACCUGCAAGCCGCCCGCGCCCUGCUGGUGGUGGCCAUCAUCUUGGCCGUCCUGGGCUUAAUGGUGGCCAUCGUGGGUGCCCAGUGCACCCGCUGCGUGGAGGACGAGAGCACCAAAGCCAAGAUCACCAUCGUCUCCGGCGUCAUCUUCCUCCUCUCUGGUGUAAUGACCCUCAUCCCUGUCUGCUGGUCGGCCAACACCAUCAUCCGGGAUUUCUACAACCCGCUGGUGAUCGAAGCGCAGAAGCGAGAGCUGGGCACCUCGCUCUACGUGGGCUGGGCGGCCUCGGCACUCCUGCUGCUGGGGGGGGGCCUGCUCUGCUGCUCCUGCCCCCCCAAAGACGACAGGUACCCCACGGGGAAGGUGGCCUACUCCGCCCCACGGUCUGCCGUCACCAGCUACGACAAGAGGAACUAUGUCUGA